AUGAGCGGGAACGCUGUGGGCGCUUCACGUGGCUCCUAUUGCUGUAUUGUGGGCUGCUCGAACAACCAAGGAAUAAAUCCAACGCUGAAGUUCUACCGCUUCCCGUCUCGGCCCUACGAGCGCGAUCGGAGGCAGCGUUGGAUACAAGCCGUUCGACGAGAGAACGAGGAUGGCAGCCCAUGGCAGCCGAACAAAGGCUCAAGAGUUUGCAGCGUGCAUUUUGUCGGCAGGGUCAAGAGCGAUAUUGAGCGCCACCCGGCUUACGUCCCGUCAAUCUUUCCCUCUGUCUAUGCAGUUAAAAGUACAGCGGACCUAGAUCUCGCACGAUACGAAAGGUCCCAGAAGCGGGGCCAGCAAAGAAAGCAAACGCACUGCAUCCAGCUGGAAGACAUGAGCGCCACGGAUGUUGAUGUCCUGCCAUCUGAAGAAAUAAUCUCAGGCGUGGCUGCAGAUCAAGAGGUCUUCUCAGCCAUACAUGCCACAGUGCUUAGCUUCCGAGUGAGGGAAACCGAUGUCACAUUACCGAACAAGCUCCUUAUUUUCUUGGUGAAGAUGAAGCUAGGAAUAUCUUUUACGUCAAUAGGCAUUCUAUUUGGGGUGCACAGAACUACUGCGUCUCGAAUCUUUUCUUUAAUUUUGAGAACUUUGAUUUACAAAGGCUCCCACUCUGUAAAGUUCUUAGUUGCUGUGCUGCCAAAUGGUACAAUUAGCUUCGUGUCAAAAGGCUAUGGUGGGCGCACCUCAGACUCUUUCAUAACAGUGGAUUCAGGAUUUCUAAAGCACGUAACAAGUGGGGACAUCGUUCUUGCCGACAAAGGUUUUCCCACUAUCAAAACAGCUAUGGCAGAGGAAAUGAUGGAUUGCUACAAUAUUGCACAGGUCAGGAUUCAUGUAGAGCGUAUGAUACAACGAAUCAUGGUCUAUAAUGUGUUGAACAAUCGUGUGCCCACUGCAUUGGUGCCAAAGCUGAGUGACAUAUUUCGUAUUUGUUCUGUGUAG